AAGCGCUUUCAAAAGUGCUUUCUAGAGAGAGAGAAGAGGAGAGAGAGAGAGAGCUUAGAACAGAGCCACUGUUGUGUAGGGGAAGCAGGAGAGAGAGAGAGAGAGAGAGGGGGGCGAAGGAAGGAACCCAGAAAAUCCAAGAAGGAAGGAAGCGCUUCUUCCUCUUCCCCUAACUUCGUUUCUUCUCUCGAACACGAUCCCCAUGUGAUCGGAAUCGGAAUCUCCAUUCUCUCUGAAGCUCUUCAAUCUUCUUCUUCUUCUCACCUUGCCGGAGGCCGUACCAUGAACCCGUACGGUCACUCUAUGGAACCCUCUCACUCCGAUCCUUCGCCUGAAUGGACCACUUCCGGACCCGAUACUGCUCAUGGAGAGCCGCUUUGGCCUUUGGGAUCGAGGGAGCGGGAAUCGUACCCUGAACGACCUGAAGAGACUGAUUGUAUAUAUUACCUACGUACGGGAUUUUGUGGAUAUGGCUCUCGUUGUAGGUUCAAUCAUCCUCGUGAGCGUAACGCGGUUUUAGGAGGUUCGAGACUUGCUGGAAGAGAGUAUCCCGAACGAAUAGGGCAGCCCGUGUGCCAGUACUAUAUGAGGACAGGAAUGUGCAAAUUUGGCGCUUCCUGUAAGUAUCACCAUCCUCAGCAGGAAAGAGGUUCUCUUAGCCCCGUCUCACUGAAUUUCUAUGGCUAUCCACUACGACCGGGUGAAAAGGAGUGUUCUUAUUAUUUGAAGAAUUGGCAGUGUAAGUUUGGUGCUACGUGCAAAUUUCAUCACCCAGAACCGGCUGGCUUGCAGUUUCCAGCACCAUCACCUAUUCAGGUUACACCAGUGCCUGCACCCUCUGUUUAUCCUCCUGUGCAAUCUCCAUCUGCUCAUUCGUCACAGCAAUAUGGAGUAAUACUUGCAAGGCCUUCAUUGCUGUCAAGCCCAUAUGUUCCCGGCCCUUAUGGUCCUAUGUUGGUUUCCCCAGGCGUUUUCCCAAGUUGGAGUCCUUACCCAGCACCUAUGAGUCCAGUAGCCUCCCCCAGUGCCCAACCUUCUGUUGGAUCAGGGCCACUUUAUGGUAUGGCACACGUUUCACCUUCUGCACCUGUUUAUGCUGGAUCCUAUCAGCCCAUGCCAUCUGCUGGUCCCUCUAGUACUAGCCAGAAGGAGCACUCAUUUCCAGAAAGACCUGGCCAACCAGAGUGUCAAUAUUACAUGAGAACAGGGGAUUGUAAAUUUGGAUCCUCUUGUAGAUACCAUCACCCGCCAGAAUUCGUUACUUCAGGUCCAGGUGUUGUCCUUAGCCAGCUAGGUCUUCCUCUGCGCCCGGGUGCACCACCUUGUACUCACUUCAUGCAACGAGGAAUGUGCAAGUUUGGCCCUGCGUGCAAAUUCGACCACUCCAUGGAUCGACUUAGUUAUAGUCCAUCUGCAUCAUCUCUUGCUGAUAUGCCAGUGGCACCCUACCCUGUGGGAUCAGUAGCCGGUACUUUAGCCCCAUCGUCCUCAUCUUCAGAGUUGAAGCCUGAACAUUUUUCAGGAUCCAGAAAGGAUUCUAACCCUUCAAGAAUGUCUUCAUCAAUGAGCACCUCUACUAGUGGAUUGGUUGGUUCAACUACAUCGAGGACAGAAAUGUAUUCUCAUUCAAGUGUUCAACGAUCUUCCCAAACUUCUGGCCCGUCACAGAGCAGUACCUCCAGCACCGCCAGUGUGGAAGGUUGUACUUGAAGCCAAGCUGCCUCAGGAUCAGAGCAUCCUAUUUUUUGCCCAAGCCCAAAACCAAAGACCUUUUCUUUUCCUACUACAAUGGUCCCAUAGUCGUCCAGGUCUAGCAUACCUCAGCUCUGACCUUCUGUGUCCAUACAAUCCUUAUAUUAAAAUUUAUCUCAGCCUGAAUAAGUUAUGGUCAACCUAAAGGAAUGUAGCAAAUUUCGUACAGCCUUCUGCCUCUGCCUUAUGAAUAAUCCUGAAAGCAGCGAUCAAAUUAGGCACCUCUGCAUCACGACUGCCUCUCUGGAGUUUGUGACCCAUUUUUGCUGCUUUAAUCACUCUUUCUCAAGACAUACAAAAUGGUCUGUUCCACGGUGAUUUAUGCCUAUCUCUUUCCAAAUUUUCCUAUGACCAGAACACAAGCUUUCAAAUCGAAUUGAAUAUGAAUUUGAAGCUGUGUUAUUCCCACUCGUUUUUUUCCCUCAUUUAUUGUGGAAAAAGAUGUAUUUAAGACUCUGGGAGUCAUCCCAAUGGCUAUGCGAUCUUGUACGGGAUUUUAAUAUCACGUUACGUACUGACAUUCAUUGCUUGGCUUGGCUUUGGAUGAAUUUACAAGGUUUACAUUUCAAAAGAAACGUACAAAUUCUACAACAAUUUCUCCUCUCUUGCGUAUGA